AUGGCUCGCCAUGUGGUCGUUCUUGCUCUCCUCGCCGUCGCCCUAAUCGGCUUCGCCUCCGCCGACAGUCCCAGUCACUCCCCUGCCUCCUCCCCAUCCGUCGCCAAUGCACCCCAUUCAAGCAAGGCCCCACCAACCCACACACCGAAAUCCGCACCAUCGCCAAAACCCGUUAAGAAGUCACCGCCACCGGCUCACACACCAAAAUCCGGCAAGACUCCUUCCCACCCAGCUCCAGCAAGCUCCGCCGGUGAACCACUAUACAGGAAGGCAUCCCCACCUGCUCCAUCGACGCUCAAAUCCGCCACCCCAUCCCGUUCACCAGCAUCUGUUGGAGCACCAGCUGAGGCACCGUCGGCCGGAGCUAGCUUAAAGGCUUCUGCUGCCUCCGGCGCCAUUGCUUUGGCGAGUUACUUCUUUUUCUAG